AUGACAGCAGAGGAGACCAUCAACAUCAAGGAGGCAGAGGUGAUCAAGUUGAUAUUGGACUUCCUCAACUCCAGGAAGCUGCACAUCAGCAUGCUGGCCCUGGAGAGGGAGAGCGGCAUCAUCAAUGGACUGUACUCUGAUGACAUGCUCUUCCUCAGGCAGCUUAUUCUAGAUGGCCAAUGGGAGGAGGUAAUGCAGUUCAUACAGCCUUUGGAAGGAAUGGACAAGUUUGACAAGAAAAGGUUCCGUUACAUUAUCCUGAAGCAGAAGUUUCUGGAAGCCCUGUGUGUAAAUAAUGCCAUGUCUGCAGCUGAGGACCCCCAUAAUCUUGAGCUGACCAUGCAGGCAGCAGUUAAGGUUCUCCACAGUCUGGAGGCGUAUUGCCCAGCCAAGGAGGACUACAGCAAACUGUGUCUUCUCCUCACCCUUCCACGCCUCACCCACCAUGCCGAGUUUAAAGACUGGAAUGCCAGCACGGCACGCGUCCAAUGCUUCGAGGAGUGCUGUGCCAUGGUGGCCGAGUUCAUCCCUGCUGACAGGAAGCUGAGUGAGGCAGGCUUUCGAGCUAGUGGUAACCGGCUCUUCCAGCUGCUUAUCAAAGGGAUCCUCUACGAGUGCUGCGUUGAGUUUUGUCAGAGCAAAGCCACUGGUGAGGAGAUUACAGAAGGGGAGGAGCUGCUUGGCGUGGAUAUUCUGUGCGGGAAUGGCUGCGACGAACUGGACCUUUCGCUGCUCUCUUGGCUGCAGAACCUCUCCCCGGGCACCUUCUCCUGUGCCUUCCAGCAGAAGACCCUCAACAUCCACACUGACCGCCUGGUCAAGCCAAGCAAGGCCAGACACGCUGACCUCCUUACCCCUUUGAUCAACCGUCUCUCCCCCUGUCCCUCCUCACCCCUCCGCCAGAGACCACAGUCUGCUGACACCUAUAUGUCCAGAUCUCUCAACCCAGCUCUGGAUGGGCUUUCCCAUGGCCUAGCGGGUCAGGACAAGAGGGGCAUAGAUGAAAGUUUGAAGUCAGCACUUAGCCGGAGCCUGGUGGAGAAUAACCUUCAUCAGCAGGAUGAUUCACCCGAAAGGAAACAACCACAGGGAGUGGAUGGACCCAAUACCACGCACAUCCCUCUGGCCCAUGGGAAGGAUGGCGGGCCACCUUGUAGCAUAGGAAGGAGUGAGAGGCGUGACUCUGCAGAGCAGGUUCAGGAAUACUACCGACAGCGGCUGCGGGUGCAGCAGCACCUGGAGCAGAAGCAGCAGCAGAGGCAACUCUACCAGCAGAUGCUGCUGGAGGGAGGGGUUCGACCACAGGACGGCAGUGGGGCCCGCCAUAACCUCACCGAGACCUUCCUCAGCAGAUCUAUCCAGAAGUUAGAAGAGAUGAACAUGAGUAUGGACCACCAGGGGGACGAGGUGCUUCCCCGUCUGGGACAACAGUGCAAUGGAGGGUUGAUGGGAAAGCCAAGCAGCUCCAUCACUAGGACCUCCAGUGCUGUCAGCAUCCCAGAGCCCGGACCCCGCAGAGACAAGCCAGGUGGGGCCACCUCCAGCAGUAGUUGCAGCAGCAUACCGUCUCUCAGCGAGGCCCCUGUUCCUGCCAGCCAGAGUACCAAGAGGAUCAGGGCCACUUAUCCCACAGUCCAAGAUGACAUGCCGAUGCGUAUCACAACACCAGAGCACCAGCAGGGGAAGUCCAAAACCCAGUUUGUGAAGGUGAGCCAACUGGAGGACACUCAGGCGGUGCGCGCUGUCUCUUUCCACCCCUCAGGAGCGCUCUACGCCGUGGGCUCUAAUUCCAAAACUCUCAGAGUCUGUGCCUACCCAGAAACACUCACCACCAGUGGUUCUGGGGCAGUCAAACAGCCACUGGUCCGCUUCAGGAGGAACAAACACCACAAGGGCUCCAUCUACUGUGUGGCCUGGAGCCACUGUGGACAGCUGCUGGCCACAGGCUCCAAUGACAAAUAUGUGAAAGUCCUGCCUUUCAAUGCAGACACCUGCAAUGCCACAGGCCCAGACCUGGAGUUCAGCAUGCACGACGGUACCAUCAGGGACCUAGCCUUCAUGGAGGGUCCCGAGAGUGGAGGCUCCAUCUUGAUCAGUGCUGGCGCGGGUGACUGCAACAUCUACACCACUGACUGUCAGAGAGGACAGGGCCUCCAUGCCCUCAGCGGACACACUAAUCACAUUCUGUCUCUGUACACAUGGGGGGGCUGGAUGAUCGCCUCUGGCUCACAGGACAAGACAGUCCGCUUCUGGGACCUGCGGGUGCCCAGCUGUGUGCGGGUGGUGGGCACAACUCUGCAUGGUUCAGGGAGUGCGGUCGCCUCGGUGGCAGUGGACCCCAGCGGUCGCCUGCUGGCCACAGGUCAGGAGGACAGCACCUGCAUGCUGUAUGACAUCCGAGGAGGCCGCAUGGUGCAGACAUAUCGCCCACACGGCAGCGAUGUGCGCUCCGUGCGCUUCUCCCCCGGGGCCCACUACCUCCUGACGGGCUCCUACGACAGCAAAAUCAUCAUCUCUGACCUGCAAGGUGACCUGACUAAGCCGCUACCUCAGAUGGUGGCAGGGGAACACUUGGAUAAGGUGAUCCAGUGCAGAUGGCACACCCACGACGCAUCCUUCUUGUCCUCCUCCGCCGACAGGACCGUCACACUCUGGGUGAAGGGGCCCUGA